CGACGGGUAACGCGGUAAGAUGGCGGCGCUGGUGGCGGCGGAGGCCGCGGCGCUCCCGGGCCCGGCGGAGGCGGCCGAGCCGGCCGAGGCGGCGGAGCUGAGCCGCGCCCUGAGCCGCCUGCUGCCCGGGCUGGAGGCCGACAGCAAGCUGGGCCGGCGGCGCGCGCUCGAGGCGCUGCAGCGCGCCCUGGAGGCGGCGCGGCCCGAGGCGCCCGCCGCCGACCCCGCCGCCUUCCAGGGUCCCUGGGCGCGCCUGCUGCUGCCGCGCCUGCUGCGCUGCCUGGCCGACCCGGCCGAGGGCUGCCGCGCGCUGGCCGUGCACCUGUUAGGCCUAGGCCUGCGGCGCGCCGCGCGGCCCCGCGACGCCCUGCCACGCCUGCUGCCCGCGCUCGCCGCGCGCCUGGCCGGCCCCGACCCCACGCGCCGCCCGCCGCCCGAGGCCUGCGAGGAGCUGCGCCUGGCGCUCGUGCAGCUGCUGCGCGUGGCCGUGGACCUGGGCGGCGCCGCGCUCGCGCCCCACCUGGACGACGCGGUGCGCGCACUGCGCUGCGCGCUGCUCGACCCCUUCGCCGCCGUGCGCCGCGAGAGCUGCGAGUGCGCCGCGGGGCUGGCGCGCGCCACGCCAGACCACUUCCACAUGCAGUCCGAGUCUCUGAUCGGCCCCCUGAUGCAGAGCAUCUCGCACCAGCACUGGAAGGUCCGCGUGGCCGUCAUCGAGGCCACGGGCACGGUGAUCCAGUUCGGCAGCGGGAAGUCGGUGGACGACGUGCUCCCUCACUUUGCUCAGCGGCUCUUCGAUGACGUCCCCCAGGUCCGGCAGGCGGUGACCCGUGUGGUGGGCGGCUGGCUGCUGGCGCUGCGGGACCGGUACUCCUUCUUCCACAAGCUCAUCCCCCUGCUGCUCAGCAGCCUCGACGACGAGAUGCCGCACAUCGUGCAGGAGGCCGCCAGCCUCUGGGAGGAGGCCGGCCUGCAGUGGCAGAAGGAGAACGAGGAGGACCUCAAGGACAAGCUCGACUUCGCCUCCCCCCCACCUGCCCAUCACCCCUCGCCAGAGACGCGCCCAGGGCUGGGCUGUCGGGAGCUCGUCUUCAGAAACCUCUCCAAGAUCCUUCCCGCCAUCUGCCACGACGUCACGGACUGGGUGGCGGGGACCAGGGUGAAGGCCGCGCGGCUGCUGGCGGUGCUGCUGCUGCACGCCGAGGACCACGCCACGCAGCACCUGGAGGUCCUGCUGCGGACCCUGCUGCUGGCCUGCGCCGACGAGGAGGCCGCCGUGGUCAGCAGCUGCACCCGGUCCGCAGAGCUGAUCGGGACGUUCGUCAGCCCAGAAGUGUUUCUGAAGCUGCUCUGGCCGAUGCUGAAGAAGUCGCCCUCCGCCUCCGGCCUCCUGGUCCUCGCCGCGCUCAUCCGGGGCUGCCCGAGGGAAGCCCUGCGGCUGCACCUGAAGGCCAUCACCACGGAGCUGGCCGGGGAGCGCAUCCGUCAAGGCUCGGAGAACCUGCGCUACGGGGAGCACCUGCUGCGGUGCGUGCAGGCGGCGGUGUCCACGUGUGGGGAGGACUGCCGGGGCUGCGGCCUGCAGCUCAUGCAAGUGCUGGUGACCGUGAUGGCGCUCCCGGGGGCCUCGGGCCUCAGCGACCAGAUUCAGGAGACCGAGGCCGCGCUGGCCGCGGUGGAGAGCAGUGGCGACGGCCAGGACCUCUACCGCCAGCACGUGGGCCCCCUCCUGGAGUGGCUGGGCGGCUCCCAGCGGGGCUGGACGGCGCACUCCCCGGAGCUCCUGCAGUUCGGCACGCUGGUCGCCCACGCAGGCCCUGCCCUCGGAGAAGCACUGCCCCACCUGGUCCCCGUCCUCCGGAGCUGCCUGCAGCCGGACAGGGACCCCCAGAUGCGCCUGAGGCUCCUCUCCGUCCUGUCCCGGGCGCUGCUGAACGCAAAGGAGACCGUGGACUCCCAAGGGCAGCUGCACCGCUACCUCGACACCGUGGUCACGGACAUCCUGGUCCCCAGCCUGCAGUGGCGCGCGGGGAGGACGGCCGCGGCCAUCCGCACGGCCGCCGUGUCCUGCCUCUGGGCCCUCAUCAGCAGCGAGGUCCUGUCGGCCUCACAGGUGGAGGACGUGCGGGAGACGCUGCUGCCCCCGGUCCUGACCGCCCUGGAAGAAGAUUCCCAGAUGACCCGACUGACCUCCUGCCGAAUCGUUAGCACGUUUUUAAAAUCCUCUGGUGGUGCGACUGAGCCAGAUAAAUUCAUCAAGAUUUAUCCUGAACUCCUGAAACGGCUGGACGACGUUUCCACUGAAGUGAGGCUGGCGGCCGCCUCGGCCCUGGCCGUCUGGCUGGAGCGCAUCAGGAAGGACGGCGCCGAGGCCUGUUACCAGCGUGACGUGCAGCACCUGUACAAGGAGCUCCUCGUGUACCUGGACGACCCCGACAGCGCCGUGCAGGACGCCGUCUUGGAGGUGCUCCAGGCGGGCAGCGUCCUGUUCCCCGACCUCCUGGUGCGAGAGACCGAGGCCGUCGUGCACAAGCACCGCUCCCCCACCCGCUGCGAGCGGCUGCUGCAGCACGUGCAGGCCCGGCCGCCCGCCCCAUGACCGGGCUCCGGGCAGCCGUCGGUGCCACCGCUGCAGGUGGGCGCCAGCGCCAGCCCUUGUCCACAGCCUAGGACACGAACAAGAAGACUCUGACAGCAAGAAUGUAUUCCCUAAGGAAAAUGCGCAGCGUUGUGGGACGAUGUUUCAAACCCCGCAGUUUCUGAAACAAGGUUCUCCGAGUGGCUCUGUAUUUUAUGUCCUGUUUAUAAGUUCAUUGAAAGGUCAGCCAAAAGCCUACAGCUCAUUUGACAGUAAAACUAAAUGUCCACUGUGCACACUGCAGGCAGGCCCACGCUGGCCUGCUUCUACGCUCCUGCGCUGCUGGGCUGGAUUCCUGCUCCAUCUGCUUCAGUGCCACCACGGACGUUCCUCACCAUUAAAAAAAGCCAAAGGGACUUAAAGUUCUCAUUCUUUCUUUGGCUUCUGUCUGUUGACACUUUAGUGAACAGACUUAAAGGAAUUUGAAAUCUUAAGAACUAUUAGUGAAAUUUUUCCCGUUCAAAAUAUACUGGAACUUAAAAUGUUUUAUGGACCAAUUCAGUCAGUAUCUUUUCUUAGGUCAGUAACGCUAACAGUGUUGAAAACGGAAGAUUUAAUCAGAUUCUCGUUGCUCUCAGUAGCAGGAAUGUAAAUUGUACUUUAUUCUCCAGCACUUUCUACACCCAAGUGCCUAAAAGAUUUCAUUUAAAGUGGUUAUUAUUUCCAUAAGCCAAAUGCUGUGUUUUCUAACAAAUAUUAACAUUUAUGCUUUGGUGUUUGACUUAAUUAAAAAUAUUUAUUAUAAUUGUUUCGUAUGCCUGUCUUUAUGUGUUUUGAUAAUUAGUUGAAAUUUUUAGAAACCGUUCGUUUUUUUCCUUAGAUUUAACCUCACAGGAAAGGCCGCCUGGAGAAUCCUGGGCCUGUGGAGGGAAAGGGGUGGUCACCGCUCGCUGCAGUGCCCGCUCUGGACACCAGGUGGCAGGAGCUCCCGCGAGAUGGCAGGCCAUCAACAAGGCUGCCCUGGGCUCGGGGAGAGGCUGGGUGUUGGGAUGGGGGACCACGGCCUGCAGAAGGGGUGUGAUCUGUGCACACAGCCAAGGCCCCAUGGGGAUGCGUCUCUGGCUCCACUGACAUCGCCCAUCUGUGCCCCCUUCUGAGCCGUUUCUAUGAUUGAUGGCUGCAGGAAUGGAGGAGGCCCUCUGGGAUGGACUUGCUCAGGUAUUAGUUCCCAAACUGCCCUUUGCCUUCGGUAUCCUCUGCCUUUUCCUUCCUCCGAGUCACAUGGAAACUGCUAGAAAUGCCAGUUCUUGGGCCUCAGCCCAG